UGGUCUUGGAAUACGGUCUAGUCAUGCUAGUCGUGGAUCACGAUCUGCCGCUAUCGGACGUGGUAUCGCGCAUGUUUCUGUACUAAAUGGAAUAUACAAGUGACAUUGAGUUUACGCAAUUCCAGAACGUCUGACAGUUGAUUACGUUAGGGCAAGUCGACGUGGCUGUGUCUGAACUUUCGAGCUUUUUGAUUCCAACGAGGAUAAAGUGAAGAAAUGGAUAGAAGUCGUGCAGACACCGUGGAAACUGUGCUGGGACGUAAACGAUUGUCGGAGCUUGGCAGAACGUUAACGCACGAGCACUUCUCUCUGGACUUUCGCAAGUUUUACGUACCACCACCGAGUCAUCUGAAAGAUUUUUCGAAUGACGAGCUGUCCUUGCGGAACAUUGGGUAUAUCAGACAAUAUCCGUACAGUAACUUAGUUAACUUAUCGUUCAAUGACGACGGAUCAGCGGCAGCUGUUCUCGAGGAUGUUGAAAUAUUUAAGAAAAGUGGCGGUGGAACCAUCGUGGAGAACAGCAACCACGGCUUGCAACGCGACAUCUUUUUAAUGAAAGCAGUUAGCGAGUCCACUGGGAUCAACGUAAUUGCCGGAACUGGAUAUUAUGUUGCCAGUACGCAGAGUGCAUCAACUCUCAGUACGUCGAAAGAAGAAAUGUAUAACUUGAUGUACAAAGAAUUGCAAACUGGUUGCGAGGAAUGUCCCGACGUGAAAGCAGGAUUUAUCGGAGAAGUCGGCAGCACUUGGCCAAUCGAAGAUUUUGAAAAACGAGCUAUUUGCGCGACUGGCGAGCUUCAAGCGCAAUUGGGUUGCCCUGUGAGCUUUCAUCCUGGGAGGAAUGAAUCUGCGCCCAUGGAAAUAAUGCGGAUCUACCAAGAGGCUGGAGGAGAUUCCAGCAAAGCCAUCAUGUCGCACAUCGAUCGUACAUUGACCAGCGUGGAGAAGCUCAUGGAGUUCGCCGACGAGACCAAAUGUUACAUCCAGUUCGAUCUGUUUGGUACCGAAUGUUCUUUUUAUCAGUUAAACACGACAAUCGAUAUGCUGUCGGACGCACAGCGCGUCAAACGUAUUGCGAAGCUAAAGAAAGAAGGAAAACUGCGCCGAGUCCUCAUGAGUCACGACGUUCACACCAAGCAUAGACUGAUACCUUUCGGUGGUCAUGGAUAUUCUCAUAUCACGAGUAACGUUAUACCAAGCAUAAUGAUGAACAGGGGCUUUACUACGGAGGAAAUCAAUACGAUUACAAUUGAAAAUCCCAGAAAGUGGCUUACUCGAGAAUAAUUUAUUUGCGGAGCAAGGUGUGUCUUUUCUCAUGAAACGGUAAUGGAUUCUUAUUUUAUUGAGUGUACGUUGCUGCAUUAUAGUCUAAUGUCCUUAUUUUAUACUCAUUGCCUUAAUUAUACGAACGCGUUUUUUUAAAUAUAAAACGAUACAAAUUGCAUUUUAUUUACAUACGAUGCACGAUAAGCUUUGGUAAAGGUCAGUAUCCGGCCGAGGAGCUUUAGCUUCCUGGCUUUUCCGAUUUUCGGAAAUUAAAUACGCGCGCGACACAUUCGACGUUCGCGAUACAUCAUUCAUGAGCGAAAGAAUAAUUUAUACAACGCACUAUUCUAUCGUACUAGACGAGGUACAAAAAUCAUGCGAACUGGCUCGAUAACAGUAACGAGAGAGUAUCAGUCUUCCUUUCUUCCUCGUGACGAAAGACGUUUAUCCUCUCCUCUCAAUUUUUCGACAUCAGCCUUCGAUCUGCGAUGUCUUACAGCUCCUCCUGGAGUUGCGAACUUCUCACGGGAUUCAUGGCUAUAGACACCGUCGACACCAUGGUUUUGCUGAAGUCCUUUGAGUAAUCUGUGGCCAAGGAGUAAGACGUGAUUAUACUUCGAUGGCGACAUCACUCGGCACUGUCGUGUCAAAUGCAGAGAAGAGAGUAGCAAUUGACGAAAAAGCGCUAGCCUAAAGCUGUCUUGAAGUAGUGAAUGAUUUGUGUUUCCUAAGAUACAGUGGUAUCAUGAUAUGUAUGGAAGAAAUAUAUGUAUACAAGGAAUAAAAUAUCGCAAUAAAAUAGUGAAAGAAAGAAGUUAGAUGUGAUGCAAUUUAUGUAAUUUACACAUUUAUAAAUUAUGGUUUGUAAA